GAGUUAAUAUAAAAUCUAGUUGCGCCCGUGGACGUAGGAUUUACACCGAAUCCGAACCACGUAAAAUCCUUGUGUUCCUUCUUGCUUUAUUUCCUUCGUGUGUUUGUGUGUGUGAUAGUGUGUUUCCGCUGCGUGUACCCGGUCCGAUUCCUAACAAUAGAAGGAUAAAUAUGCAAUCCAUUUGAAAAUUUUGCAUUUUAAAAAGCGUAUAUGUGUAUGUAGAAAUUAGUACACCCAAACAAAUCGUUUUGAGUUCUUUACAAUCACGAUGAACCUCAUAACUUGACAUUUCGUUUCACUAGUGACAAAAUUAUGUAGCUUGUUACUCUUGAAAACAUUAUAUUACCAUGACAUCUCCAAGCACGAGUUCAGAACGACCUAAAACAUCACCUAAUCGGACACAUCUUCAUCGAAUAACAUUCGAGCAAAGAGUACUUAACUUCAAGAGAGAUCUUUUGAUGUAAUAUAAGAAGAGAAUUAUUUUUCUUCUCCACAACAAGUCUAGCUCCUGAGACAACCCAAUACCCGGGGCUCUCUUGUGGGCCCCGUUUCACCUCUGUUGUGUCCACACGAUGUAAUAGCUUCUGCAUCUUCUUCAUAUGGACCACAAGCUUCGGUUCAUGGAGUGGGGCGUGAGUGGUUUGAAACUGUUGUGGGAGGACCACCUCCAUGAAAGGAAUUGAAGAUUCCGCUUUCUGGGCUGGAGACACAUCCCAUUCUGGAUUCUUGUUUGCAGUGCAACCGAGUACUUUUGAGAAUGUUGGUUGGAAAGCCUCAAAUCUCACACUCUAAACUUUCGUAUAUAAUGAACUUGGAGAAGAGAACAAAAGACUUUCAAAUAUGAAGUAUAAAUGGUGUACUUUAAAGUUGCAGAAAAGGUAGACACUGAAGACUUCCUUUAUUCAUCAACUCUAAAGGCUUUAAAUAGCCUACCGACUACAACGUGCAACACAAAAGUAGGAAUAAAAGACUCCUAUUUUUACUACACCUAAAGACCCAUUCUCUAACGUAUACCUCCUUGCAAAUCGGUCAAAGGAGUAUUACCAAUUCUAAACUAAUAAAAUCAAUAACUAAAGACAUAAAACUUAAACUAAAUUUUCUUUAUUCCAAUACCCAACUGCAUGUCACGUGAAUAUGGUAAAUGAGCCAAUUAAUUCCAACAAUCACCCCUUAAUUGGCUAUUUACCAAUUCUAUUCACAAUAAUGCUGGUUCGUCUUCGAUCAAAUUAGCUUCUUCUUUCUCCCACUUAGGACAUUCGUUAUUGAAGUGGCCAAGUUCACCACACUUGUAACAUUUCACGUGGCUUUUAUCCCGGUAACGCUCAUUGCCAUCUCGACCAUUCACGGACCCACGACCUCUUCCCCGGCCACGUCCAAAGCCAUUCCGACUUGAGCCUCCGUUACCACAAUGCUUACAUACGUGCGGUUUUUCUUCACUAGCCAAAAGUAAACCGCCUUGAAUGCCUUCGGUUUUCUCCGUCCUUUUUAAACGCUCCUCGUAAGCCUUUAGUCUUCCAACGGCUUCAUCGAAAAGCAUUGACUCCAAAUCAAAACAUUGCUCGAUUGAAGCCACAAUUUGGAGAAAUGACUUAGGCAUUGAAUCAAGCAAUCUUUUCACCAAAUCAACUUCUUCAAGCUCGUAACCGAGAGAUCUUGCUUUUGAGGCUAGACCAGUCAAUUUUGACACAAACUCAUCCACUGUUUCGCCAUCAUUCAUACGCAAGCUUUCAAGCUCCCUCUUCAAUGUUGCAAGCCGAGCCGCUCUCACCCGAUCCACACCCAAAUAGCGAGUCUUCAAUCCAUCCCACACCUGUUUUGGAUCGGUGUAAUCAGCCAUUUGCAAGACCAUGUCUUCCGGUAUAGCUUGAAACAAGAAAGCAAGAGCUUGUUUCUUCUUCUUUGGAUCCGAAUCUUCAUGCAAUUGUCUCGGUUCCACUGUUUCCCAUAUACCAUGAGCAUCCAUAAUUGAUUUGAUUUUGACUGCCCACACCGGAUAAUUCGUCGAGGUCAAGACCGGAACUUGGUAUGACAUCGAACUUCCUUCUCUAGGUACCAAGGCCAUUUUUUACUGUGAGUUGUGACAGCACCAACCUUUUCCGAUCAAAUCUGUCUUGAGACUCCUCUUCCACCAGUCAAGAAAACCAAACGCCUGUUUCUUCUGUUUUCUUUACCCGCAAAGAAGCCAAACCAAAAACCCCACCCGUUCUGAUUUUUUCUGCUUGUCUUUCCGCUUCUGGUUAGGCUUCUAGAACAGAUUUGAUCAAGGAAGGAUGCUGCACCCUUUUUUUUUGCAAUCAAGAACCACUCAAACCCUCAACCGAGCCUGGGGCUCUGAUACCAAAUGUUGGUUGGAAAGCCUCAAAUCUCACACUCUAAACUUUCGUAUAUAAUGAACUUGGAGAAGAGAACAAAAGACUUUCAAAUAUGAAGUAUAAAUGGUGUACUUUAAAGUUGCAGAAAAGGUAGACACUGAAGACUUCCUUUAUUCAUCAACUCUAAAGGCUUUAAAUAGCCUACCGACUACAACGUGCAACACAAAAGUAGGAAUAAAAGACUCCUAUUUUUACUACACCUAAAGACCCAUUCUCUAACGUAUACCUCCUUGCAAAUCGGUCAAAGGAGUAUUACCAAUUCUAAACUAAUAAAAUCAAUAACUAAAGACAUAAAACUUAAACUAAAUUUUCUUUAUUCCAAUACCCAACUGCAUGUCACGUGAAUAUGGUAAAUGAGCCAAUUAAUUCCAACAGAGAACUGGAGGCGUAAGAAGAGGACUUUUUUGGACCUAUGAUUCCCGACUUGUAACUGGGCUCCGGUUACGAUUGAGAAUUUGUCUUCGGACUCAACCGGGGCAGUGCAGAUGUGGUCAUAGCUAAUCGCUUGGAGCCGUUCAUAGUAUUUGGGAUCGUCGGAAUCAGAAUUGAAGAUUCUGGUUACCGAGUCUUCUAGUUGGAAGAAUUUUGGGGGAGAGGAGAGGUGUUGUAGGUGGAUCUCUAAUUGAUUGUUUCUAUCACGAUUGAGGUGAAGUCGGAGGCCCGUUAUGGGCAUCUUACCUACAUCGACCUAUUUAUUGUUAUUGUCAACAUCAAGCAAUGGAGCCUCAUUGAAAGUCAAUGAAAGUCAUAGGGCGGCUGAAAGUUAUUCUAUAAUGUAUUCAGGGCUGUUUGGAGGGCCAAAAGUUUUUUUUUUAAAAAGAUAAAAUACAAAAAUGUUUGGUAAAAGUAUUUUAAAAACAACUUUUGGAUUUUUUAUAAAGGAAAACUAACUUUUUGGAAAAGUCAAAGUCAGGAAAUCCUAACUUUUUGAAACUUUUGCCAAAAGAUUUUGCCUCCAAAAAAAUUAGCCAAACACCCGAUGGCCAGGUAGUGUUGACUAUUCAACACGUUGACUAACAUACAAUUCCACCAGAUGCACAUCUCACCAAACCCACACAAUUUCAUGGAAGCCUCGCCUCCUGCACUUGCAUUUGCUUCCAUCAUUUCGAUUUCAGUUUUGUAAUUACGAUCUGAUCAACAAACAAUGGAGGCCUUUCUGGGAGAGAAUCAACAUCUUAAAAUCAAACUGGAAGAGAUAAAAUCAGCUACCAACAACUUUGAUAACAACAACGUUAUUGGAAAAGGUGGAUUUGGGAACGUGUACAAAGGAGUACUCUCUCACUCUGAAGGGCUAACCAUGGUUGCUUUUAAGCGUCUAGAUCGUAAGCUUGGGCAAGGAAACCCUGAGUUCUUGAAAGAGAUCCUGAUGCUUUCCCGUUACACACAUGAAAACCUCAUCUCUCUUCUGGGAUUUUGUGAUGAAGAUGAUGAGAAGAUCCUUGUGUAUGAGCAUGCAUAUCACGGAAGCCUAGAUCGCCAUUUAAGUGCCAAUACCCUCACAUGGUGGAAACGUCUCAAGAUAUGCCUCACAGCUGCAAAGGGACUCUGCUACCUUCAUGAUCCUAAAGGGACAGAACAAAGAGUUAUCCAUCGAGAUAUUAAAAGUUCAAAUAUUCUACUGGAUGAGAGUUGGAAUGCUAAACUUUCUGACAUGGGUUUAUCGAAAAUAGGUCCUGCUAAUCAGCAACACAGCUUUCUUACUACCAAUGUUGUAGGUACCUAUGGGUAUAUAGAUCCUCUGUAUAUGGAGACUUACCUCCUAACGAAAGAGUCGGAUGUAUACUCAUUUGGCAUGGUUUUGUUCGAAGUGUUGUGUGGGAGACUCUGCUAUGAAUAUAACAAUGGUCAUUUUAUGAGCUUGUGGCCAAUGUGGAAAAAAAGCUAUGAAGAGAAGAAACUAGAUCAGAUUAUCUUUGAAGACCUGAAGGAACAUAUGAAUCCGAGUUCAUUGGAAACAUUUUCAGGCAUUGCUUAUCGAUGUUUGCAGAAAUCUCGUGAAGAACGUCCAAAGAUGUCUGAUGUUGUGGAAGAACUUGAGAUUGCACUUGAUAUUCAAAAGACAGAAGGACCAAUGGACUUUGAAGAGAUGAUUGAAACUGCAGUAGCUCCUCAUGUCUACAAAUCCAAAGAGGAACUACAGAUGCUUCUCUACAAAGGAAUGUUGGUUAAUGGGGGCAAAACGUGGUUUUCAUUAAACAAGAAUGGUGAACAUUGUGAAAUGAUAUCCGCAAAAGUAUGUUUGAUUCCUAUUCUCCCUGCAUCUCCCAGAUAUGCAUACAAUGGUCUACAUAAAUCAAGAUUUCCAUUAGACAACGAAAAUACGACACCAUUAUGUUGGAGAUUCAAAAUGCAUGUCAAAGCACAAUUUUUGUCACCACAUAUCACAUACGCAGUCAACCUUGUGUUCGGUGUUGACUAUGAAAGUAUGGACCUUUUGUUCCUCAAUUACAAAUUGGCUGAGGAGACAUGCUAUUCAACUUCAUACAUAGCAGAUGAGAGAGAAGAUGGAUGGUUCACGACUGAAUUGUAUCAGUUUACCAGCCUCAAGAAAAGUGCAGAUUUUGAUAUAACUUUUGAUUGCGGAGGACAUCCGUUGAUUGUAGAAGCCAUCGAGUUCCAGCCCAUCGAGAGAGUGGAUCAUCAUCAACUCUUAGAGGAUGAGAAGGUGGAUAUGCCAGAGACAUAUUGGGAACAAAGGUUGCCAAGUGAUUAUGAAGAUAUACUCAAGUCGUACAAAAAUAGUGCGCAAUGGACAACAAAGAAGGAACUCUACUCUAUUCUUUGUAAAGGGUUCCCAAUCAAUAAUGGUGAAGAGUGGUUCUCACUUGCAAACAAUGGGAAGAAAUGUCAUAUGCUUCCAGCAAGAAUGGCUUUGAGAAAAUUAGUGUGGAGAUGGGGGCCUUCACGUGAAUCAAGAUUUAAAGAAGUGGCUUUUUGUACUCAACAAUCCUUUUCAAUAACCUGCACAUCCAAAAUGUUGUCACCUCAGACAAGAUACGCAUGCUUUCUUGUUUACAACAUACAAACCAAGAACCCUAACGUUGGGCAAGUUGUGGAAGUGAGUGAUCAGAGUCGUAUCACAGAGAGUGGAGAGUAUGAUCCACAUCAUAUCCUUUUAUUUUUGCCUGAGACCCCAAUUAUUAGACAAAAGGUUAAUGACAACACCCACAUACACAACCCAUUAAAGAGAACCAAAAUGGAAGGUGUUCCACAACGCAGGAAUGAUGGUUGGUUGGAAGUGCAAGUAUGGAAAUGCCAAACUGGUGCUACUACUAGUGAAAAUCCUUUGUUUGAUCUUUAUUUCAACCUUAGGUCUUUUUCGAGGAUUACAGAGCUUAGUGUGCAAGGCAUUGAGUUUAAAGCCAUAUAGGUUUUUUUUUUAUGAUUAGAAUUAGAAUUUGGAAAUGAAUUGAAUUUAACGGUUCAAUUUUAAGCAUAUAUCACACAAGAUAUCUUGAAAAUAUUUUUUAUCUUAUAGAUUAGGAAACUUGUUGUAUGUAAUUAUCUUUCCUAAUUUCUUAUAUCUUUAUGUCUAUAAAAUAUGAGAAAUAAAAUAUCC